CGCCCCGGAAGUGACGCGUCGCCCUGCUGGCUCUGCGGGAGAUGGCGGAGCUGUACGUUAAGCCGGGCAACAAGGAGCGCGGUUGGAACGACCCGCCGCAGUUCUCCUACGGGCUGCAGACCCAGGCCGGCGGACCCAAGCGCAGUCCGCUGACCAAGAGAGUCGCCGCUCCCCAGGAUGGAUCCCCCAGAGUUCCCCCUUCAGAGACUCUUCCUGGGACCCCCCCAAUGGGGCUUCCCCCUCCUUCAAGUAAGGCUUCCAGGCCUCCAGCUAUGGGGGGUUGUCCUGCCUCCACUGUGGAGCCCACAGAUUUCCCAGUCGUUGAGUGUGAGACUCUGCUGGAAGAUGUGCUGAGACCUUUGGAACAGGCAUUGGAUGAUUGCCAUGGCCACACAAAGAAGCAGGUAUGUGAUGACAUCAGCCGACGCCUGGCUCUGCUGCAGGAACAGUGGGUUGGUGGGAAGCUGUCAACACCUGUAAAGAAGAGGAUGGCUCUGCUGGUGCAGGAGCUUUCAAACCACAGGUGGGAUGAAGCAGAUGACAUCCACCGCUCACUCAUGGUUGACCAUGUGACCGAAGUCAGUCAAUGGAUGGUGGGAGUUAAAAGAUUAAUUGCAGAAAAGAGGAGUCUGUCUUCAGAGGAGCAGGCUAAUGAAGAGAAAUCUAUAGCCACAGCUGAGGAGAACCAGACUACACCAGGUGUCCAACAGGAUCCGUAAUCCUGCCGCAGACUCGCCACACACCGUCUCCCGUGCCUUGGUGCUGGAGGCCUUCUGUAACCUGGCUCCCUCUCAGCAUUCGGGAGACUGCCCCACCGGGGUCAUUGGCCUGAUACACCUCUGGGGGAAGAGGUCCCGCCUGGGCCACAGGGAGGUUACUUGUGAACCCUAACAUAUGCAUUUCAAUAAAAACACCGCAAUGGUGGGCCCAGGGUAGGAGAUAAACCCUUCCCAUGCCAGACUGGUUG